ACUUCACGGAUGCAGAAAGAGGGCCCUUCCAGUGGGAUUACGGUAGUGCCAGCUCCCACAGGCCUCCAGUAAGCAUAGCCUCUUCCGGCUGCCCGCGAUGGAAGUGAAGUUGGUCUAUGUUGCCCUCCUUGUCUUCUUCCUGCUCUCGGUUGCCAUGACCAGCUGCUUCCUUUGGCAGUACAGCCUUCCCAAGGCGGAACCCAGCCCAACGGUAACAGAGGUCAAGCCUGAAGCAGUACAGAUGUGUCCUCGUUACCCAGAUCCUGUGCCUCUUGACCACCCAAUCCCAAUCCUGAAGGAUGCGUUGGAAAAGGUGGACACACUUCUUCGUCACAAAAUCCGCAGCCCUGGCCUUCCAGCCUUGUCGGCCAUCGUGAUUUAUAACGACACCGUCCUGUGGACGGGCAACUUCGGGAAACGAAAUGGUUCUGAUCCCUUCUCAGGCAUUCCCAAUGAAUACACCAUUUACAGGAUCGCCAGUGUUUCCAAGAUCUUCCCCACCCUCAUGUUGUACAGGCUGUGGGAGGAAGGGAAGGUGACCUCUCUUGAUGACCCUUUAGAACGCUACACCCAGAGCUUUACAAUUAAAAAUCCACUGGGACGCCUCAAAGAGUCUGAACAAAGGUACUCCGCCGAUGGACUUAUCUUCCUGGAGAAAGGCACCUUGCCCUUCAAGCCAUCCCCUGUUACCUUGCGAAGGAUGGCCAGCCAGCUCUCAGGUCUGCCCCGACGUCUGCGCUCCACAAGCCUGUUGUGGAAAGGAACCACUCAGGAAGCACUGGCACUGCUGAAGGAUGAUGUCCUGGUGGCUGAUCCGGGAACCAAGUGCCAUUACAGCAACCUAGCUUUCUCCCUCAUGGCACAUGUCUUAGCAGAACACGCUGCCGAAGGCGAGUACCAGCGCUGGGUCACCGAGAACAUCCUUGACCGUUUGGGGAUGGAGGACACGGGCUUUGAUAUUACCCCUCCCAUCCGCUCCCAAAUGGCCGUUGGUUUCUACGGCAGUGGACAACCGGCUCCCCUCUAUGACCUGGGUUGGUACAGGCCCUCGGGUCAGAUGUACUCCACAGCCGCGGACCUAGCCAAGCUGGCCAUGGUCUUCUUGGGCACUUACCACCGGCGUCUCCUGGAGCCCGACACCGUCAAGACCAUGCUGACGCCCUUGUUCAAGUGCUCCAGCGAGUACUUCGCCAACAAGACCGGCACUCCCUGGGAGAUCAAUGAGUUGCUCGGGUACGACAUCAUCCGUAAGGACGGAGACCUGGAUGGCUAUUCGGCCACCUUCUCCCUGGUCCCCAAGCUCCGCUUGAGCUUCAUUGUGCUGAUGGCUGGUCCUCGUCCUCAAGGAGGAGACCUUGUGGCCCAGACCUAUGAGCAUCUUAUCCCGGCCAUGGAAUCUGCCUUCCGUGAGGCUGAGAAGAGCCUCAACCCGCCGCCGAGUCCUACCCCUUACGUGGGCUACUACACUUACUCCAAUCUAACUUUCUACGAGAUCAAGGUUGGCUCUGGUGGAGUGCUGGUCAUGCAACAGUUUGGGCCUCACAUCGAGGAGCUGAUCCCCGAAAACUAUCGGACUAUCAAGCUGCACCACCUUGAGGACCGGGUCUUCCAGGUGGUGUUUGACAAGGAGUUCCCUUGUACUCUGCAUCUGGGCUCGGCCUCAGUUUCCCUGGAAACCCAGGAUGGGCAGCUUUUUAAUUUCUACCCUUUUGAUCGCAAAGGAUUGUCCCCCGGCUUUGAUGCUCCAGGGCUGAACACAUACAAUGUGCUGCGCAUCCAGCGCAAGCCGGUGUUCUAUAGCUAACUGGAUGGCCGUUUUGACUCUCAAUUCCGAUAUGUGAUGUUCAAUUAGACUGCAGAGGAGCACAGAGAAAUGGCGGGGAACCCAGUACUCCAUCACCUGAAUGGACCAAUGGACCCCUGUCCAAGGAAGUGACCGGCUAUUCCCAAAGGACGGACUUCCGAAAGGCCAGACCUGUCCACUUGAAUUCCACCAAGGUGGAAUCCAGGCCUCUUUUGAGCAACGAAAUUGUGAGAUCUUUUGGGUUAUUGGACUUCACAAUAACACAGAACUCAACCUUAAAUGCACUUUAGUUCAUAUCCAGAGCAUGAGAAAUCCGAAGGGCAAUCUUAAAUCUUGGAGAGAGAGAGACAGAGAGAGGAAGAGAGAGAACGUGUGGUGUCCCUCCCUUUAUCCUCCCCAAGCAAUGCACGGGCAAGCGGUGCGCAGAGACAGAUACUCCAUGGUGCAGACCCCACUCUUCGCCAAGCUAUCAGAAGGGGAAAUCAUGUAAUUAUCUCACAGCGGUGGAGACUGAUGUAGGAAUAACUCAUGUAGACAGAACAACUACAAUAGGCGGUAGAUGCUUCAGUAGUAGAUCUGGACACAGAACCUACUUAAUGUGCCCGUUUUAAAAGGAUGAACGGCGGUGUGCCUUUUUAAGUGUUAAGAGUGUGUCUCCGGUUUUGCAGUUGACAUUUCUGGACGGAGGUGGUUUGAAGACACAGGUAGACACCGGUUGAUGGUGUUCCUCGUCCCAUACAAGGUCUAGUUUCAUUUGGUGGGAUGCCUGCUUCUCUUUGGAGGAGAAUGCUUGUGAGUUGCAUACCUUGAAACAUACA